AUGGAUAAAUUCUUCAGCACCUAUGAGAAUAGACCAAGACAUCUGAAAAAGCAAUCUGGUCUAACACAGAAAGUCAUUGAACUGAAGAAAGAAUUGCAAAUCGAUGACAAACCAAAAGGCCUCUCUUUCCCCAUGAACUCAUUGGCAGACACUCCAGAGCAAAUGCGCUCACUGGCCCCUGAGGUCCUCCAGAGCAAAUGCGCUCACUGGCCCUUGAGACAAACGAACUAUUCUGCAGAUCAAUGGAUCCAAGUCUUCACUGAUGGGUCAUACAUGGAAAGCUCCAAGUCUUCACGACAAUCAAUGUCAACUAUUCUGCAGAUCAAUGGCUCCAAGUCUUCACUGAUGGGUCAUACAUAG